AUGGGGAAUACUUGCUCCCAGCGCUCAAACUGCACUGUCAUAUUCGACAGCACAGUCAGCACGGUCUUGGCUCUAGGAGGAGUGACUCCAGGCAACUUCGAGACUGACCGGGAUAUUGCUGGAAUCGGAACGGUCGUAGCCUUGGUUGUGGGCACCCUCGCUGGGCUUUUCGUUGGGUUGAUUGUCACCAUCGGCCUCAUUCUUGAUCGUAUACCCAAGUUCACUGAUUGGAGUUACAACCACCCUGUAAUACGAACGUUGGUCCCGAGUCCGAACCAACUUCUCCUGAGAGAGGCUUGGCCUGGAACUGAAACGAAGCCCGGCCUACCGCUUCCUACAGAGGAUUCGUCAACUUUUGAAUUGAAUCCCACGCAGCAAACACAACCAGAGUAUACUGCAUACGACCUUGGUUACCCGCAAGUCCACGGAGGACCACCACGUCCCUAUCCUGGGAUAAAUCAGUUUAUAGAUCACCAGCAGCAGCCUCAGCGCAGAAGAAGACCGCAACACCCAACUUCGGGGCCGGGAUCCUAUGCGCCUAUCCAUGAGACUCGCAUCCGGCCUCCUCCCCGACCACCGCUGUUGGAAAGAAUUAGGGAAAAGCUCAGGCCUGAAGAAGAAACAAACUAUCCAGAGCGUAAUACUUUCCCCGAGAGGUCUUAUGAUGUCUUGGAGGCAAUUUUGUUUUGUAUCCACGAUGCACAGCUGUUCCUGGCCAUCGCCCUCGGUCUGAGCUUUUAUUUGGGCACCAACUGCUCCAUGUCCCAAUACCAUCUAGACAUUGCUAUGAACCUGAGUCUCAUUGGAUGCAUCAGCUUCCUAUUGGCUUUCACGCUUGUGCGGAACUACUGGGUCUCACCUAUUUCUAGCUUUAUCCGGAUUGGCUGCUUCGUGGCUGUGCUUGUCUUCCUUCUGUUAACUAGUAUCACCCAGCUGAAUUCCGGCCUCGUCCCAGAGUAUGAGCCUCCUACAGCCAGGAAUGACAGCUUGAUCUUACUCGAUGCUGCCUGUUUCUCCAACAAAACAUAUCAGAACGAGCUAGACCAAAUCUCAGAAAGUCAGAGAGCCAUUGUGGGAACAACUGGGAGAAGCCCUCCUCUUCUAAGCUACUACCGCUUGCUUUGGGCGAUUGCCAUAGCGUCCGGAGUUUCUGGCUCGAUACGGAUCUACCAAUUUCUCUUCUAUACGACAAAUGGACCGGCCCGGAAGUCCCGCACGACCGACAACGAAGAGGGAAUUGGCUUCCAGUCAAUACUGCUCAUGAUCUGGUGGGGUGUUGCUUGGGCAGCUUGCGCCGUCGUCUACGGCGCAACAGUCCACCAUGUUUUCAAGAUCCGCAGCUGGGUAUCGGGGUCUGGUUGGGUUCAGCCAGACGAGUUUGCCUCCAACCCCGAGAAUGACGGGAGGUCGUUUGGUCAGAUUGCAGCGAUUGUUGCUACGGGGUCCAUCGUUAUUGCUGCUUUCGAUCGUUGGAAGCCUAAGUGGUGGAAGACUUGGUUGGAUGAUGAAGAAUAG